AUGCUGCCUUCUGCACAGCUGCAUUUCCACCUGCAGCCCCUUCUGGAACAGCUCGACCAGCAGGAGUUGAGCAAGUUCAAAUCUCUGCCGAAGGCCCUUUCCCUGCAAGAGGACUUACAGUGUGUCCCCCAGAUGGCGCUGGACGAGGCCAGUGGAGAAAUGCUCACCAAACACUGUCCCGGCUACUGGGUGGAGAUGGUCGCCACCCAGGUCUUUGACAAGACGGACGGGACGGAUCUGUCUGAGAGGCCAAGGGUGCGCUCGGGGGUGAGCAGAAUAGAGUCCACAGGGACGGAUCUGUCUGAGAGGCCAAGGGUGCGCUCGGGGGUGAGCAGAAUCAAGUCCGCACUGGGUCUCUGGGGAAAGAAGCAGGAGUCUCCGUGGUUUUCGAAGUGGUUGCUAAGGGGAAGGGGGAGGGAUGGACGGGGAGUGGGGGAAACAGCUUUGAAGUCACUGCAGGAAAAUAAGCCUCCAUCACGAGUGUCGAGCUUGCAAUUUUUCUUCUCCCAUUCGGACUCCACCCCGUCCCUGGGUUCCUUCCCAGGACUAAGUAACUUCAUCCACCUCGUCAUAAACCAGGGAAUUCCUCCUUGGGGAAAAGCCAUUGUCUGCAGGGAUUACACGGAUGCGGGAACCAAGUGUGAGAGCCUGGAAGACACCCGGCCGCAUCGAGAAGAAGAGGACGAGCCAAGCCGGUCUUGGAACGUCCCGGGUGGAGGAAACCAAAUGAAAUGGACCCCGCCGGGCCGCCCUCUCCACGCGCUCUCUCCAACCUCGUCCUCUCCGCUGUUCACAACCCCCGACCGGCUCCCAGAAAUUUUCAGAUGCUCCGGCACCUCUGACCGCAUCAGCGCACAGAUGAGGAGAGGAGACCUGGUCCAGGAGGGCGAUUUGCCUCGAGAGUCGCUGAGAAAUGCACUGAAGAAGAAGUCCUGGCAAAUCUGGCAGAAUUCACGGCCUGGUGCCAGUGAACACGUCCACAUUUUCACACGGAGAUAUGAGGCCCCGGUCCCAUUCUGCAAUCCUCAAGUGCCCACAGGGCCGUUUCCUCACACUGUGGUCCUGCACGGUCCUGCUGGCGUCGGGAAAACCACAGUGGCAAAGAAGCUGAUGCUGGACUGGACCCAGAACGGCCUGGCCCAGGCCGUCCACUCCGCCUUCUAUCUCAGCUGCAAGGACCUCAGCCACAGGGGGAUGUGCACGUUUGCAGAGCUGAUCGCCGCGGCCGGGCCGGCUGCGCGGGAGGCCGUUCCGCAGCUCCCGGCCCUAGCCCAGGAGAUCCUGCUCGUCGUCGACGGCUUCGAGGAGCUGCGGGUACCCUCGGGGGCCCUCGUCCGUGACCUGUGUGGCGACUUGAAGCAGCCGAAGCCAGUGGCCGUCCUCCUGGGGAGUCUGCUGAGGAGGAAGAUGCUGCCCAGGGCCACGCUGGUGAUCACCACGCGCCCGGGGGCCCUGCGAGAGCUGCGGCUCCUGGCGGAACAGCCGCUCUUCGUGGAGAUCGAGGGCUUCCUGGAGCCCGACAAGAAGGCCUACUUCCUGGAGCACUUCGGGGAGGAGAGGCAGGCCCUGCGAGCUUUCGCCCUGAUGAAGGGCAACGCAGCGCUGUUCCGGCUGGGCUCGGCCCCCGCCGUGUGCCGGAUCGUCUGCACCUGUCUGAAGGCGCAGAUGGAGGGCGGCGAGGACCCCGCCUCGACCUGCCAGACCACCACGUCGCUGUUCCUGCGCUUCCUCUGCAGCCAGUUCGCCCCGGCUCCGGGCGCCUGCCCCCGUCCGCGCCUCCAGGCUGCGCUGAGGGCUGCGUGUCUCCUGGCCGCCGAGGGCGCGUGGACACAGACGUCUGUGUUCGACGGGGACGACCUCGGGAGGCUCGGGCUCACACCGUCGGCCCUCUGUCCUUUCCUGGACAAGCAGAUUCUCCAGAAGAGCGGCGACUGUGGGGGCUGCUACUCUUUCGUCCACCUCAGCGUCCAGCAGUUGCUCGCGGCCAUGGUCUACGUCCUGGAGACGGAGGAGGAGGAGGAGGCGGCGGCGGCGGGAGGCGAGGCAGGGAGCUGCACGUGGGACAUCGGGGACGUGCAGAAGCUGCUGUCCAAGGAGGAGAGACGAAAGAACCCCGACCUGACCCGCGUGGGGUCCUUCUUGUUCGGCCUCCUGAACGAAGAGAGAGCCCGGGAGCUGGAGACCACUUUCGGCUGCCGAGUGUCGGGGGCGGUCAGGCGGGAAUUACUCAAGUGCAGGUCCGAGUCCGAUGGGAACGGACCUUUCUCCUCGAUGAUGGACGCAAAGGAGAUGCUGCACUGGCUUCAUGAAUCGCAGGAGGAGCAGCUGGUGAAGGACGCCAUGGCCCACGUCCAGGAGAUUGCUGUUCACCUGACCAGUGCGUUUGAAAUGGGGGAGGCUUCCUUCUGCCUCAAGCACUGUCAGGACCUGCGGAAGAUUUCCCUGCAGGUCGGGAAGAGGAUAUUCCUGGAGAACGACUCCAUGCAGAAGUCAGGCACUCAAGCUGAGAGGUCCCUGAAUGACCCUUUGCUUCCUUUCUGGAUGGACCUUUGUUCCGUGUUUGACACAGACAGGAAUCUGCUCUUUUUGGACAUCAGUUAGAGCUUCCUCAGUUUCUCAGCAGUGAGGAUUCUUUGUGAAAAAGUAGCCUCUGCUACCUCGAGUCUCCAGAAGGUGAUCCUCAAAAACAUGUCCCCAGCGGAUGCCUAUCGGAACUUGUGCAUCGCUUUUGGGGGUCAGGAGACCCUGACACAUCUGACCCUUCAAGGCAAUGACCAGGAUGAUAUGCUCCCCCCACUGUGUGAGGUCUUGAGACACCCGAAAUGUAACCUGCAAUAUCUGAGGCUGGCAUCUUGUGCGGCCACCAGGCGGCAAUGGACUGAUCUCUCCUGCUGCCUCCACGUCAACCAGUCCCUCACACGCUUGAACCUCACAGCAAAUGAGGUCCUGGAUAAGGCGGCCAAGCAGCGGUACGUGACCCUGGGACACCCGAAGUGCUGCCUACAGAGGCUGUCGCUGGAAAACUGUCAACUGACAGAAGCCUCUUGCAAGGAGCUGUCUUCUGCUCUGACUGUCAACCAGCGGCUGACCCACCUGUGCUUGGCCAAAAACACUCUUGGAGAUCGUGGGGUAAAACUUCUGUGUGAGGGUCUGAGUUACCCCGAAUGUCAACUACAAACCCUGGUGCUAUGGUGUUGCAACAUAACUGGUGAUGGCUGCAGUCACCUUUCAACGCUUGUCCAACAAAAUUCAAACCUUACACACUUGGAUCUGGGACUGAAUCACAUAGGAAUUGUUGGACUGAAGUUCCUGUGUGAGGCUCUGAAGAAACUGCUGUGUAACCUAAGGAGUCUAUGGUGGUGGGGAUGUGCCCUCUCUCCAUUCUGUUGCGCAGACCUCUCAUCUGCCCUUAGAAGCAACCAGAACCUCAUGACUCUGGACCCGGGCCAGAAUUCCUUGGGGUAUAACGGGGUAAAGAUGCUAUGUGAUGCCUUGAAACAUCAGAGAUGCCCCCUGAAGACACUCAGAUUGAAGAUAGAUGAAUCUGAUGCUCAAGUCCAGAAGCUGCUGAAAGACACGAAGGAAAACAACCCACAACUGACUAUUGAGAGUGACCGCAGAAAUCCAAAAAAUAACAGACCUUCUUCUCAUGAUUUUAUUUUCUGA